CUCCUCCCUCCCUGUGCUCCCCAUAUAACCCACCGUGCGGCAUACAGUUCUUCCCACUGUCCACUUUCAUUGUUGUCGUGAAAGUCUCGCCAGAUUUUUUGAGAGUCGUCACUCGCACGUAAAUCUGUUAAGUCCACACUGCACCUGAUAGAACUAAGACUUUUCACGUGACAUGAUGAAAGUCUGCAUGGCUUUGGUGUUAUGUGUGGCAGCCCUGGCUGCAUGCGCCGUCACUGCAGAUUCCAAGGAGUUAUCCAUCACCACUAUAAAGCAAGAGCCAUAUACCAUGACCAGGGGCUCGGAGCUGGAGGGCUUCUGCGUUGACCUCAUCUCAGAGAUCUCCAAGAAGAUAGGCUUCAAGUACAAACUACAUCUGGUGAAGGACAACCGAUACGGAGCCAUGGACUCCGCUGGAAACUGGAACGGCAUGAUUGGUGAGGUCAUCAGAGGGGAGGCUGAUCUGGCCGUGGCCCCCCUGACCAUCACUGCAGUCAGAGAGCAGGUCGUGGACAUGACGACCCCCUUCAUGCAAACAGGAAUUGGCUUCAUCUUGAGCAAAGAUGCGGCCUCUGAACAGAGCACCUUCAGCCUGCUGUCGCCCUUCUCCACCGACACGUGGAUCGGGGUCCUCAUCGCUUUCCUUCUGACAGGCCUCUGCAUAUUCCUGGUGGGCAGGAUCAGUCCAACUGAAUGGUCCGAGCCAGAGACAGAAGAACAUAAAUUCACUUUGCUUCACAGCUUCUGGUACAUCACGGGGGCUCUUACCCUGCAAGGUGCCGGUCCUCACCCUAAAUCCCUGUCUGGGCGGGUCGUCAGCGCCAUCUGGUGGCUGUUUGCGGUGAUGCUGCUGGCCUGCUACUUUGCCAACUUCAACUCCCUGUUGCACUCCAACAGCAAACACAUCUCCAUCAAGAGCUUUGAAGACCUCUCUAACCAAGACGUGAUUGAUUACGGCACCAUUGAGUCCGGAUCCACCAUGCUCUUCUUUAAGAAUUCCGACAACCCCGUGUACCGACGCAUCUACCAACACAUGGAGCGCAAGAAGAGCUACGUGUCCAGCAUGGAUGAAGGCAUCCGACGCGCUCAGGAGGGGAACUUCGCCUUCAUCGGUGAAGCUGUGUCCUUGGAUCUGGCCGUGGCCCGCUACUGUAAACUGACACGGUCACAGGAAGUCAUUUCAAUGAGAGCCUACGCCAUCGCAGCAGCUCCGGGAUCCCCGCUAGUGAAAAACCUCACCAUUGCCAUCCUGGACCUCAGUGAGUCUGGUGAGCUCACAUACCUGAGGGACAAGUGGUGGGCCAGCAGCUGCAUAGGCACCGACGGGCACCACAUUUUCGACCCCAUACAGCCUCACAGCCUCCGUGGCCACUUCCUCCUGCUGGGGCUGGGACUUGGCGUCGGGCUCCUGGUGGCCCUGCUGGAGCUCUUAUCCAGGGCCCAUUACAAAGCCAAGGAUGGCAAGAAAUCCUGCUGCUCAGUGUUGACAUCAGAGCUGAACCAGAGGUUCGGCAGCAGAGCCGAGAGCGCAGAGCAAGACAACUCAGACAAAAGCAAAGCCUGAAAUAGCUGUGUACAUGCUACCAUGUGAAAGGAUAGUAUCUGAGAAUCUAGAAAGAAAAAAAGCCGAGCGCCUCUGUCCUGUCCAUCAAACACACUAACUUUCAAGUAUUUCAUAGUAACACCCGUGUAUUGUUUUUUUUCCCCAGUGUGUUUUGUACUCUCCUCUGAGACUACAUGGAACAACUAACAGCAGCCGUGUGUGAAGCAACAAACCUUCAAACUUCUGAUGCUAAUCACUUUUUUUUUUGUUUUGUUUGCUUUUCAUUGUUGCCGUUUGUUGUCACAUGUCCAUGAGUCCACUGAUUCGAGCUAUAACGCUGUUAGACUUUUCUAUUUCUAUUUCCAAAUAAAACAGCAAUGCUG